CUUCCGGCGAGAGGCGGAAGCGGAGCAGAAGGCGCGGGUGGGUUGGUGCAGCUGACAGAUUAGUGGCCCCGAAAGCGCUGCUCUUGAGCUGGGGAGGCGAGGCAAGACCCGGGCUCCUCUGCCGCCUCUCGGAGUUCCUGCGACGCCGAUCUCUGUGCCGGGAUGGCUCGGGGCGAGCGGCGCCGCCGCGGAGCGCCGACAGAUGGAGCGCGGACGGCCGAGGGAGCGACUCGGGGCGGCCCCGCGCGACGGGAAAGCCGCGUCGGCGUGGCCCGUGGCACGGUCGGGGGAGCGGUUCUAGCCAUCGUGGCCCUGCCUCUGGCCCUGACCCUGUCGGGAAACUGGCUGCUGGCGUGGCACCGUGCGCGGCGGGCGGUCACGCUGCACUCCGCGCCCCCGGCGCUGCCUCCCGACUCUUCUAGUCCCGCCGUAGCCCCGGACCUCUUCUGGGGCACCUACCGCCCACACGUCUACUUCGGCAUGAAGACCCGCAGCCCGCAACCCCUCCUCACCGGACUGAUGUGGGCACAGCAAGGCACCACCCCAGGGACCCCUAAGCUCAGGCACACGUGUGAGCAGGGUGACGGCGUGGGUCCCUAUGGCUGGGAGUUCCACGACGGUCUCUCCUUCGGGCGGCAACACAUCCAGGAUGGGGCCUUAAGGCUCACCACUGAAUUCGUCAAGAGACCUGGGGGUCAGCACGGAGGGGACUGGAGCUGGAGAGUGACUGUAGAGCCUCAGGCCUCAGGUACCUCUGCCCUCCCUUUGGUGUCCCUGUUCUUCUAUGUGGUGACAGAUGGCAAAGAAGUCCUAGUGCCAGAGGUCGGGGCUAAGGGGCAGUUGAAGUUCAUCAGUGGGCACUCCACUGAACUUGGUGACUUUCGUUUUACACUUAUGGCACCAACCAGUCCAGGAGAUACUGCUCCCAAAUAUGGCAGCUACAAUGUCUUCUGGUCCUCCAAUCCAGGACUUCCCUUGCUGACAGAGAUGGUGAAGAGUCACCUAAAUAGCUGGUUUCAGCACCGGCCCCCAGGGACCUCCCCUGAUCGUUACCUUGGCUUGCCAGGAUCUCUGAAAUGGGAGGACAGAGGCCCAAAUGGGCAAGGACAAGGACAAGGACAAUUCUUGAUACAACAGGUGACAGUGAAAGUCCCUUUUUCUGUGGAGCUGGUGUUUGAAUCAGGCAGUGCCCAAGCAGGAGGAAACCAAGCCCUGGGGCAGCUGGCAGGCAGCCUGCUGACCCAGGCCCUGGAGAGCCAUGCUGAAGCCUUUAGAGAGCGCUUUGAGAAGACCUUCCAGUUACAGAAGAAGGGACUGAGCCCUGAGGAGCAAGCUUUGGGUCAGGCUGCCCUCAGCGGUCUCCUUGGUGGAAUCGGCUACUUCUAUGGACAGGGUCUUGUAUUGCCAGACAUGAAGGUUGAGGAGUCUAAGCAGAAGGUGGCCCCAGCCCUCUUUCCACCUGUCCCUCUUUUCACAGCAGUGCCCUCCCGGUCAUUCUUCCCACGAGGCUUCCUUUGGGAUGAAGGCUUUCACCAGCUAUUGGUUCAGCGGUGGGAUCCCCGUCUCACCCAGGAGGCCCUAGGCCACUGGCUGGGGCUACUUAAUGCAGAUGGCUGGAUUGGACGGGAGCAGGUGCUGGGGGAUGAGGCCCGAGUCCGGGUACCCCCAGAAUUCCUGGUGCAACGAGCAGCCCAUGCCAACCCCCCAACCCUGCUUUUGCCUGUAGCCCACAUGCUAAAGGGUGGUGAUCCUGCUGACUUAGCCUUCCUCCGCAGGGCCUUCCCUCGCCUAUAUGCCUGGUUCUCCUGGCUCCAUCAGAGCCAGGCAGGGCCAGUGCCACUAUCUUACCGCUGGCGGGGUCGGGACCCAGCCUUGCCAACCCUAUUAAACCCCAAGACACUGCCUUCAGGGCUGGAUGACUAUCCCCGUGCUUCACACCCUUCAGCCACUGAACGGCACCUGGACCUGUGGUGCUGGGUGUCACUGGGUGCCCACGUGCUGGUGCAGCUAGCAGAGCAGCUGGGAGAGUCUGAGGCAGCUGCGGAGCUGGGCCCACUGGCUGCCUCACUGGGGGCAGAGAUCCUGGAUGAGCUACACUGGGCCCCAGAACUAGGAAUCUUUGCAGACUUUGGGAACCACACAAAAGCAGUGCAGCUGAAGUCUCGGCCCUCUCAGGGGCUGGUGCGGGUGGUGGGCCGGCCCCACCCUCGCUUACAAUAUGUGGAUGCCUUGGGCUAUGUCAGUCUCUUUCCCUUACUGCUGCAGCUGCUGGACCCUCACUCAUCUCGCCUUGGGCCGCUACUGGAUGUUCUAGCUGACAGUCGCCAUCUCUGGAGCCCCUUUGGUUUGCGCUCCCUUGCAGCCUCCAGCCCCUUUUAUGGCCAGCGCAAUUCAGAGCAUGAUCCUCCCUACUGGCGGGGUGCUGUGUGGCUCAAUGUCAACUACCUGGCUUUAGGGGCUCUCCACCACUAUGCACUUCUGGAGGGUCCUCACCAAGCCCGGGCUGCCAAGCUCCACAGUGAGCUCCGUGCCAAUGUGGUGGGCAAUGUGUUGCGGCAAUACCAGGCCACAGGUUUCCUGUGGGAGCAGUACAAUGACCGGGACGGGCGGGGCAUGGGCUGCCGCCCUUUCCAGGGUUGGACCAGCCUUGUCCUACUGGCCAUGGCUGAAGACUACUAAAGGGAGAGGGUGGGAGGGGAGCCAGGACCCUUGUACCACUUUGGACUAGAGGGACCAGGUCUUUAGCUUCUGCCUCCAACCCUCAGAUACUAGUGCUUCAAACCCUCAUCUCAGGUGUCUCCUUACUAUCAUCCCAUACAACCCUGGGGUGAAUGUGAAUUCAGAAUUUAUUUUUCUAAAUAAAUUGGAAAA